AAAAUAUCCGAAGAAGUAGCACUCGUUGUAAUAUUUAAUCGAAGAAACAAAAGCUUGCAAAAAUACUUCAUUAUUUAUUUUCUAAAUAACACACUGAAACACGAGAAUCCGCGUAAUUGGUUGUUUUUCCCGUUGUAAAAACAACUUUCGAGGACUAAUCCAGUGAUACACAAAGCGUCGAAUAACUCAAUCGAUAGAACAAUGUGUCUACAAAACUGGCAACUAAUCCGAGGUUCUCUAUAUUCCGUAUCAAAGAUCGUUGAAUAGCUUUGUCACUGAAUCCUCCACUUCGUUUCAUUUAUUUCCUUUAUUUUUAAUACACAAUUUUUCGGCACGAAAUGGCGUUCCAGGAUGAAUAAAGGGAGGCGAACGAGAACGAAAACGACGAUUAAAUCGGUGAAACCGCAAGGUACUCCCAGCAAUGCGGCAGAAUUCCAAUUGCCAUGACUCUGACUCGAUAGAUUUACAUCCGUGGCCAAUUGAAAGAGCGCUCUGUUUCCAUCCUUAUUUUUCACAUCUUUUUCAUUAGCGGGGUAGAAGCACAGACAGAAAGUCGAACUAUUAUUUUCUAUAUCGUAUAUUCGCAUCGAAUAUCUUGUGGCUUCUAUUUAAAUUUUGCAGAUUGAUCAAGUUUGAUAAAUAUAGUCGUGAUAGUCACGAGUAAUAGUAAUUACGAAAUUUCUAAAUGUUCGUAUAUUGCACAUAACAUAUUCAGAAAGGAAUCUACAAGUGUUCGAUGACUUUCGUAUUUCGUAAAACUGAAAUUCCCAAUAAAACGAUGUAACAACGGUGUGAGAUUUCCAGAAAAGUAUCGCUGAAAAGUAAUACUAAAUAUUUCUUACGCUUUGAUCUGCUUUAGGAAGCGGCAUUUAUGAGUUUGGAUGCAAAUGUAUAGGGAGUUUUGCUUGAAUACAAUAAGAAAGAUCAAUCUAGAGAUCGAGGAUUUCUGGAAAGAAAGGUUCGAGUUAGAACUCGUCACCUUCCUGUUGCAUUCCACCGAAACGCGACGUCUUUCGUUGAGAUUUGCAUGGGAAAUUCUCCAUACAAAUCCGUGAAAAAAGAUUGGAAUGCUUCAGUUUCGUUGUCACGACAACGGGGCAUAUAAAAUGCGAAAAAUACACGGAAUGCGCAUGAUAUAUAAAGAUAUAUGAAAUAACUGAAACAAAGUUUGUCUAACAACAGAUAUUUAAAGUGUAUCUUUGAUAUUUUUCACUUCUCUAGCUUUAUUCGUAAAAAUACAAAUUUGCUUAAACAUCCAAUUUAUUUGUGACGCAAAGCAUUUAAAAUCGUUGCGAGAUAACUGGAACGAAAUCGUGGCAAAUUGAAAUUGGAAAAAGCGGAGUUCCAUGCAACGAUGAAUAUAGACAGAACAUAGAGAUAAUCGUACUAGUAUAAACGCGAGCAGAAAGAGUUGAAACGUAUAAAGAGAAUACCAGAGAAGCUUGAUGUACUACGUUCAAUUUCACGGUUCUUCUGAGACUUGACGGGGCGUGAAGAAAUUCGCAAUGGAUUACCCGGCAUAAUUCGCCGAGAAUUCAACAUUAUGCCAGACUUAAAACGUUCUUUCGAGGCUUUACAGCGUGUCCUAUGUAAAUCGAGAGCAACGGACGAACCGCUGACCUUAAAGCGAUAGACCGACUUGAUGACAAUUCACGUUGUUCUUUUCGUAAUCUAAAAUAUUUUAACCACUUUCGCUGGUAAAAGGGAAUCGAAAUCUCGAUGAUUAAGAAGUCGAAUGAUUCAAAUAUUGUGAAAUCGAUUAAUAGUUUUAUUAAGUGUAUCUUCUUUUUUUCUACUUUGAAAAUCCUGUUUAUACUCUUUCUGCUUUUGUAUUUUGACCCGAUUCGUCCUUCUAUCGCUAAAGAAUCGCAUUAUUGAAUGAAAUGAACACUCAAACGAAAACUAUCAAAUAAACUCUAAAAGUUUUGGCACGUUAACCAAAAACCUUCGAGUUCCAAAGCAAAUCGUAUUUAGCUCGAUUGAAGUUCACGCAAGGACGCUACGCAAGUCGUCAAUGCGUUUUCAUAGACGUUAAAUAAACAACGAAGAUGGCACGCAGAAAAAUAUACGAAAAACUUUCUGCCGGAUUAUCGCGUUAGUCACAUUUUUUCAGAGAAAGUCCGUGAACAGUCCGCUUUGGUUUCAAACGGAAGAUUUUUUGCGAUACACGAAAACUCUUUGUAGACGGAUCAUAACCGUAAAAACGCGUUGCUCUUCCUCGCAACGUUUCCAGAGGAUUGUGUCUCUGAGGAUUUCUAAAAACUACGAGCGGCAAAGAAUUUUUCUCCGCGAUUUUUCAAUUAUCUCUCAAAUACGCGUUUAAGCAUUUACGAAAUUAUGUGGAGGGACUAGAGAUAACAAAGAACCACUCGUGGUGUUCCAUACUCGCCUUUGAUCGUGCCGAAUAAAGAAUACAGAUGACGCAAGCAAGACUAUCCCCGAAGAGUUCUCAAUAAGAGACAGAAGCUACUUUCCUCUAAGCACGAGUUGAAACGAGAGGAGCUCGGAAGGCCCCCGAGAAAGCGUCGAAUAUUAUCGAAGCUUAUCUAAAGCUUUCUUCAACCAUUUUAUCCAUUUUACCCAUAGAACCGGAUACUCCUGCGACACGAAGUCCCCAAUUCAUUAUUAUUCCAAUUUAUCAUCCCUCGUGUUCUAUAUUAGGAAUUCCAUUAAAUAAAAAUUACGUCAAAUUAAUUCGAAAGAUCAACGCUUUGAUGAUGAAGCAAGAGAUAUUGCAGAUAGCAUGUGACACGCCUUGAUUAUGUUGAGAAUGGACGAGGAAGGGCUUGUCAGGACACGAUAUCGAAUGGCCGUCCUGAGGCGAAAUCCAACUUCCGUGGACGCAAAAAGCACACCGAUCUCGGCAGAAUAUUAGACAUCCUUAGAAUAGUUCCAAUGGAACAAAUUAUUCUUCUGGUCGCAUAAAUUUCUCGUACAGCUUGAUGAUAUUUCAACGAGAACGUAUGAUACUCGUGGGUUUCCAGUCAGAUGGAGAAAUGCAAGAUGGAACGUCUCUUAAAAAGAGUUUGGUUGGUGCAGCAAGUUUUUUAAAAGAUAUGCCCGAUCCAAACGAUAUCAGAUUUAUCAGGACAAGGUGGCCCGUUUCGGCGAGUGCUACUACCCAACGGUCGGCUCUUCUCGGCGAAACUUCUUAUCGACGAUUAGGCAAACUUUACUCCACAAAAGCGGAACCGUCCUCUGGUGACUCGUGACUAGUCGUUUCAUACCCAGCCACAGGUAGGGAAACUCGUUUCAGAGAAAAUUUCGUCGCAUUUAUAAAAAUGCGUCCUCACUGACGUUCGCCGUCAUCCAUUCCCAUACUGUUUGCGAGCAUUUUCGUAAAUUGCUUCUUUUUAACAGUUUGCGAAAACAAGAGACCUGACGUCGGUCAGUUUGUUUGAUAGUCCUAACGUUAAUAUACCAAGUUUGCUCUCUACCUAAACGCCAUACCUUCUCUCUGCUGGUUUUUUCGACAACGAUUGACGGUUUCCUUUCAACGAAAGUAUAUAUUUGCCCUUCUUAGAUUACCCUGCAUUCAAUCGACUAAUUGAAACAAUCGAUUCGUUCGGUGUCCAUGACACAGGUUCGUUUAUUCUCGACCUUAAACCACGGUUCCUAAGGUUUCCGCAACCGGAGUCUCCAUUCGAUAAUCAAAAAACAAUUUGAUAUAUCAGGAUAAUGAGAUAAGCGCGCGAUAAUCGAUGAACGUGGAAAAUCGAGUGUUCGGUUAAACAAUUUUAUCGAGUGUCGAGCGAACAACGAUUCGUAAGUUUUGUGCGUGGUCUUUCAUUGUUUGCUAGGCCUCUGUGGCCAAGAAGAGAACGGAAAUAUGGCUGAGAACGAGAGACACGUGGAAGCAGAAAUCACGGAGCUGUCGUCGGAUUCUGUGGAACAUCGGGUGUCACUUUACCCCAUUACGAUGGAGAAGAAAAGGCACGUCGUGGAAACGAUCGCAGAGUCUGCAGUGCGAGAUCCAUGCAAAAAGGAAACAACACACGCGUUGGAGAAUCGAGCUCAGAGGUUACAGCAGACCCAAUCGUUGCCACAGCUACAGCCUACCGACACGCAAGACAGAAAAAUGGACAACCCGAGUGACAACGCAUCGGACGCGAUUAGUAGUCAAAGGGUAUAUAAGAAAUCAUCACCGAACAACAAGCUGACCCUCUACUUGGCGAGCAGAGAUCUGAUCGUGAGCGAGUUGAAGAUCGAUAAACUACAGGGCGUACUAUUGGUCGAUCCUGAAUUUUUGCAAGAGAAAAGGGUGUACGGGCAAAUUACGUUGACUUUUCGCUACGGGAGGGAAGACGAAGAGGUAAUGGGACUGAAAUUCUGUAACGAGGCGGUUAUGUGUCUCGCGCAACUUUACCCCCCAUAUUCCGGCGCUGAUCAACAAGAAACGACCCCAUUACAGGAGGCGUUGGUGAAAAGAUUAGGUCCAAAUGCUCACGCGUUUACCAUGGAAAUCACGCCGUUAGCACCCCCGUCGGUGCAAUUGGUGCCUGCUAAGGAAUACAAUGGGGCCCCCAUUGGUACUAGCUACGACGUCAGAGCUUACGUAGCUGAACGAGCGGACGAGAAGUUGCAUCGGAAAACGACCGUCAGGAUGGGUAUCCGUGUCGUCCAGCGAACUACGAAGCCACCGUUGCCAGCUACCAGCGUAUAUAGCGUGCCAGUGUCGGCGAGUCCUUCUCCUGGAUCCAGAGGUCAAGCUUGUAAAACGAGAGUCUCGUUCAUGGAAAAUGAGAUCACAGAAGACGAGGAGAACGUAGGGCCACAUGCUGCAGUGGAGAAACCGUUCUUAUUGAGCGAUGGUCGCGUGGGUUUGGAAGCACGACUAGAUCGUGCGAUCUACGCUCACGGAGAUCCAAUAACUGUGCACGUCAACGUCAAUAACAACAGCAGCAAAACUGUGAGGAGGAUCAAGGUUUUCAUCGUGCAACACGUAGACGUGUGCAUGUUCAGCAAUGGCAAAUUCAAGAACGUGGUGGCCUUGCUGUCGUCGCAAGAGGGAUGCCCGAUAGGUCCCGGACUUUCGCUGAGGAAAAGCUAUACGCUUAGACCGAUCAAAGGCUCGACCAAAAAUUGGAUUGCUUUGGAGGACAGUUACACUAAGGCGGAGGCGACGUUAGCCUCCACCGUUAUUUGCCCUGGAAACGGUCCAGAGGAUAGAAACGUCUUUGCUAUAUACGUUUCCUAUUACGUGAAGGUAAAGCUACUAAUUUCAACAAUGGGCGGAGAAGUGUCGCUUAAGUUACCGUUCACGUUAAUGCAUAGCAACACAGAUCCGGAUUUAGUGGGCUUUCCGUCCCCCAUCAGAGAGCCAAGAGUUUUGGGGAAGCCGAACGAGGAGCUCACAGAGAAUCUCGAGAGGCAAGAGGAUAACGAACACAAAUACAAGGCAACUAAAUUAGAACCGAUUAAAGAGAAACUAAAAGAGUCCAGGGAUAUCGACGUGGACCUGAUAGAGCACUAUGAGGAAAGCGACAGUACCUGAGACCAGGCGCAAACGACCGAUGCAUCGUCGCGAUCAUCGACGAAGAAUAACAACGACGCGAGAAACGUGAAAACUUCGAAUCAUAAGAACUGUAAAUUGGGUUUCGAUAUACAGAGAGCUUGGUGUUGCUUUAGAAGAGCUUCUUAGUAACGCGAAAAGAAAAACAACGUUUAGAAAAAUUGACCACGAUGUUUUCUUUCUUUCGUUGAUUAAUUGACGAUUGAGGAGGUUUCGAUGAAUACGCGAGUAGUUAUGAAAUUUUAAGUAUUUUAAACGUUUACGUAUCGUUUUAUCUUCCUUCAUUAACGUCGUGUAUAUAUGUUGUGGGAAAACAGAUUUAUACAAAUUUUAUUCUCUGUAUAAUAUCAAUGAAGCGUAAUAAUUUUUAAUUGCUAAAGCUAUCUUACCACAGGUUUGGUAAGGUUGAUCGAGAGACGAUUUUCGCCAUUGAGAAUACACUACGGGUUAUGCAGUUCCUACCCGCGCCAUUCUUAUAAAUGAAAAUCGUACUGCCCUUUAAAUUAUGUGCAAAUCGACGAUUAUCAAAUAAUAAGAUUAUUAAACGACACAUUGUAAAAUCCAUUCAUCCACAUACUUGACAGAAUCAAUCAUAAAAAUCAAUCUAUAAAAUAUCGAAUAUCUCGAAUCUAUUUUUUUAGGCAGAAAAUAUCUCGGUAUUAUCUCGUAUUGUCUUUUAUUAAUUGUGAAAUGAAUGUUUCGUGUAAUUAAAUAGAUUACAAAAGUCAUUGUACCUUAAUAGAAUAAGAUAAUCCAAAGGCAUGUUUUACAAUGAUUCGUGCCUGAUUUAUGGAUUUUAUUGCACGUGUAUAGGCACAUAUGUAUGUAAAACUGUACAGAUUAUAUCGUUAUUUAUGUAAAUAAUAAAUUAUAUGAAUAUGAUUGUACAAGAAUAUAUGUGAAACUCUAACUUAUGAACCUUCUAAAUAAUUUACAACUAUAAAUAAAAUUUUUGUCUAAGAUA